AAAAAAUCACUGACAUUUAUUACUUUAUUUUUAUUAUAUUACUAUUAUUGUUAUUAUAUAUUAUUAUAACAUCCAGCGUUACGAAUUAUGAACUAUGAAUUAGCCUUCUUUCCAUCUUUAUUUUUAUUUUUAUUAUUAAUAUCACUAUUAUUGCUAUUAUUAAUAAAUUAUUUCUAACAAUCUUCAAAAAAUAAUUUUAAGAGAUGUCAAAAAUGAUGUCCAAAAAACGACUUUAUUUUAUUUAUUUGAUACAUCUUUUUAGACGUUUUUGCAGCAUUUUUUAAGCACCCGUGUUGUAGAAAAUUUAAUUUUUUGAAUGAUCGUUUUUUGAAUGAAGGUAUUUUCCAUUACUAUAAAAUUACGAUGACCACAUUAAACAAAUUCGAAUGUUGUUGAAUUUUUAUCUACAAAAUAAUUUUUAUAAUUAGGCUAUAGUGACUGUGUUACGAAAAAUAAAAAUGCGAUUUUCUGAUGUUAAAACGACAAAAGAUAUUUAUAACAUCGAAAUAAUAUUUUAAUAACCAAUUUUUUUUUAUCAUUCUUAAUGCGAGAAUUAAUGUUAUAUCAUUAUAAUCAUUUAAUGUAAACGCGUCUGCAAACAUAACUAAAUUCCCUGUUUCAUCGUGUGACAUGAAUCUGUAAAGAGAUAAAAUCAAAAACGGAACAUGAUCACUUACGAUUGUGACUGUAAAGAUGUCGUAAUUACGGAGGGAAUAUUUGGAGAAAUUUAUGCCGAAAUAUUUUCAUAUACUGAUAUUGAGAGAUUCUCGGACGAAUCUAGAUUGAUACCAGUAAAAUCAUAUACGAUGAUUAACAAAAAUCGUGUGGAAAUCACCGUUAUUUCUUGGGGCGCCACAAUUGUUUCUCUAAAGUAUCCUGAUAAGUACGGACACAUCGCGGAUGUUGUGCUUGGAUUUGAUGAUUUGAAGAGCUAUAUGAAUCCCAGAAUUAAUCCAUUUAUAGGAUGCAUAUUAGGUAGAUGUGUAAAUCGCAUAAAGAACGGUCACAUUGUCAUCAAAGGUAAAACUUAUCAGCUCACGAGGAACGAUCUCAACAACAAACAUCAUCUGCAUGGUGGUACGAAGGGUUUUGGUCGCCGGUUAUGGGAAUCGCACAUUGACGGCUGUUCGGUCGUCAUGAGCUAUUUGAGCAGGGAUGGCGAGGAAGGAUAUCCCAGCGCUGUAUUGAGCACAGUGAGAUUCAAAUUGACGCCCGACAAUAAGUUGGAAAUAGGUAUCCGGGCGACAACGACGAACUCUACAAUAGUGAACAUCUCGCAUGGUUCUUUGUUUAAUCUUGCUGGGCAUGAUGCCGGUCAAAGAGAAUUAAUGAAGCAUGAAAUCUCGUUGAAUUGCGAUCGUUGGACCUUUGCGAAUUAUGCGGAUUCGAUACCAACUGGCAGUAUACGAGGAGUUGGAGGAACUAUCAUGGAUCUGCGCAUACCGAGGGCUUUAGGGAGCUGUAUCAAAAAGGUUCCGCCGGGAGAAGGGUACGAUCAUAACUUCUGCGUCACGUCGAAUUGGCACGGAAGUAGCACAUAUGUCGCUCGAGCUAUUCAUCCAAGGAGUGGCCGUGUUUUAGAGAUUUAUUCGGAUCAACCUGGGGUACAAUUUUACACGGCUGGUCGCUUAUCACCGUGCGUUGCUUCCGAGGUAUCGGAUUUACAAUUAAAUGGCAAUCAUCAAAACAUUGACAGUAACAUUGCAUACGAUAAUAAUCCGAAUCGUGAAGAAGAAUACGAACAUGAAGCAAAAACAUUAACUAUUGAUCAAAUGGAAAAAGAUACUACGUCUGAACAUAAAACACCGGAUUUUAUUUUGGGAAAGCAAGGUGCCUGUUAUAUAAAAUACUGCGCUUUCAGCAUUCAACCGCAAAACUACCCGAAUGCUAUUAAUAUUCCGCAUUUUCCCUGUCCAAUUUUACAACCUGGGCAAGUUUAUUGUCAUGAUUUAAUUUAUAAAUUUGGGAAUCAACUGACCAAUUAUAUGUAA